GAUCUUGCGUCUUUUCAGAUUUUCCGACAACAUCACAACAAAAAAGAUCUCUUUUUUCCGUGUCUCUGUCCCUCUCUCUGCAGACUUUUAAAUGGAGCGGUAUGGUCGCACCGGUGAGGAAGGGUCGAUUAUCGGAUCCAUCGAUUGAAUGGACCUAUCAUGGAGGCGAAACCGGAGUCGACGCUUCGAUGUGUAGGGUUAAGCGGAGCAACUUAAGAAAGUGAGAAACAAUCAGUAAGCUCUUGGAUUUGGGGAUUAGGUUAUUGGAGGUGUGAGAGAGGAGGAGAUGGAGCUUUACCGGAGAGAUGGACAACCGGUUUGUCAGCAUUUUAUGCGAACGGGAACGCGUAAGUACGGUGGUUCUUGCAAGUAUCAUCAUCCCAGACAAGGAAGUGUCUCCGUUGCGCCUGUCUCUCUAAGUUACUUGGGAUAUCCGUUACGUCUGGGAGAGAAAGAGUGUUCUUACUACAUGAGAACCGGCCAGUGUAAAUUCGGUUUAAUCUGUAAAUUCAAUCAUCAUGUGCCUCAGCAGCACAAGCUGGACGAUAAGUUUAGGUUUGUUGGAUCUUUAUCUGGAUGGACAGCGACACUUAAGUUCAUGUGGAUGCCAGUUUCCCAAAUGUGGACAAACUUCCUAAACCCAGACAACAUAAAAGGCUUAUCGCCAACCACAAUGGUACUUGCGAUGAUGGGAAACGGUCUUAUGAUCCCAGGGGCACUAUUUAUCCACGAUUUGAUGUGAUAAAAGCUAAGCUUUCUCAACUAAAAGCCUUUAAGCUUAAACUAUAGUUCUUUCACACAUAGUAACAUUGUUCAUUAAACUGUAAUACAGGUUCAUCGGUUCAAUAUGGGUAACUCUCUUUUAUGGAUAUGGGAACAUUCUGUGCUUAUACAUGUUAAACUGCACCAGCAAAUCAUUCUUUGUUGCGGCCACAAUUGGUUUGAUCUCAUGGAUAGGUUCAUAACACUCUUACAUCAUCAUCCUUUGUUACCCAAAUGUGAAAUAUUUAUUAAAACAUUUGUCUGAAAAUACUUUGAUUAUCAUAUUUGGAUAUAUUUAAAUAAAUAACGCUCUCUUACAUCAUCAUAUUUGGAUAUAUUUAAAUAAAUAA